CAGUGGAAUUGAGGGCCAUGGGGGUGAGCCUGAGCCAGGAUGUAGGCUGGCUCCUGCCCUUCCUGUUCUUGCUACUGAUGAUCACGGUGUCACCCACCCAGAGCCAAGGAUGUCCCCAACGUUGUGAGUGCAUUGCAAAGCUCAAGACUGUGUCCUGUUACGGUAAACGCCUGUCUGCCCUGCCAGACGGCAUCCCACUGGACACCAAGAUCCUGGAUCUAAGUGGGAAUAAACUUCGCUGGGUAGAGCACGGUGACCUGCUUCCAUAUCUACGUCUUGAAAAGCUGGACCUGAGUGACAACAUGAUUAGUGUCCUGGAACCGAAUGCUUUUUCUAGUCUUCAGAACCUGCAGUCGCUUUCAUUGAGGGGUAACCAGUUAAAACUGGUCCCCAUGGGGGCUUUCUCACGUCUCUCCAACCUAACUUCACUGGAUCUCAGUGGGAAUAAAAUUGUGAUUCUUUUGGACUUUACUUUCCAAGACCUGAAAAGUCUAAAAAACCUUGAGGUUGGAGACAAUGAUCUGGUUUAUAUCUCCAACAAGGCCUUUCUGGGUCUAGUGGGGCUGAGGGAGCUGACCAUUGAGAGGUGCAACCUGACUUCUGUGUCCAGCCAGUCUUUGUCUUACCUGCAUAACCUGGUGACUCUGCGGCUCCGCUACCUCAGUAUCUCCGCCUUAGAGGACCAGAACUUCCGGAAGCUGGGAAACCUGAGGGGGCUCGAGAUCGAUCACUGGCCCUUUUUGGAGUACAUUUCCCCUCACAGCCUGCAGGGUCUUAACUUGUCUUGGCUGUCUAUCACGCACACCAACAUCACCUCUGUGCCGACCUCUGCCCUGCGCAGUCUGGCUCACCUCACCAGCCUCAACCUCUCCUUCAACCCCAUCUCUGUGUUGGAGUCCUGGGCGCUGCGGGACCUUGUUAGGCUGAAGGAGCUGCAUCUGGUCAACACUAACCUGGCAGUAGUGCAGCCAUACGCCAUGGGUGGUCUGAGGCAAAUCCACCUUCUCAACCUCUCCACUAACAGCCUGGUGACCCUGGAAGAGGGAGCCUUUCAAUCCGUCAACACUCUGGAGACGCUGCGUUUGGAUGGAAACCCUCUGGCCUGCGACUGCCGCCUGCUCUGGAUCCUUCAGCGCAGGAAGACCCUCAAUUUUGACGGUGCUUCUCCAGUGUGUAUGAUGCCUGUUGAGGUGCAAGGACGGGCUCUUAACGCUUUCUCUGACUCAGCUCUCUUUGACCACUUUACUUGCCAGAAGCCCAAAAUCCGCAACAGGAAACUGCAGCAGAUAUCUGCCCGUGAGGGACAGGUUGUGUCAUUCAUUUGCAGAGCAGAGGGUGAGCCAACACCAGUGAUAUUCUGGAUCUCACCCCAGCGCCGUCGCAUCACCACAAAGAGCAGCGGACGCCUCACUGUAUUACCAGAAGGCACACUAGAAAUACGGUACGCCCAGGUAAUGGAUAGUGGAACUUACAUAUGCAUAGCCAGCAACGCUGGUGGAAAUGACACCUAUUUUGCCACACUCACAGUUAGUGGGCUGCCACUAGAUGCAGCCCUUAUGGCCAACCGCACUUACUAUGCUGGGGACCUUAAUGACACAAAUCUAAAUGAUACCAGAGUCUUCUUGAAGUUCACUCUGGACCUCAAGACCAUCCUCAUAUCCACAGCUAUGGGCUGUAUCAUGUUCCUGGGUGUAGUCCUGUUCUGUUUCAUUCUGCUGUUUGUGUGGAGUCGAGGGAGAGGGCAGCACAAGAACAAUUUCUCAGUGGAAUAUUCCUUCAGAAAAGUGGAUGGACCUGCUGCCAGUGGAGGACAGGGUGGGGCACGCAAGUUCAACAUGAAAAUGAUUUGAUUAUUUUUGGUCUAUUUUUUCUUAUUAGUAUUCUAUCCCUCAUACUGUUUACAAGCAGUCUCCAGCUAGGACAUAAAGGGACAUAAAAACACUGGAAUGGGAGUCUGUGCUCGCAAAACAUUAGAAUCAGUUAUUUAUAGGAUAUUUUAAGGUUUUGUUAUUGAAACACAACAAAAAAAAAGGCAAUCUGUAUGGAUUUGAUGUACUGUAUUUCUGCUGCUCUUUAUUGUGUGUUCACAUUAUUGUGCAGAAGAGAUCUGGAUUAUAUUUAAAGAUGUCUCAAAAUCCUGAAUAGACUGUUAAAAGACCAAGCAACAAUAGCACUCAGAGUCCCACCAGUCUUUAACCUCUACAGAGCUCUUGCCAACUCCAUCUUUCUUCCCCACGAGGAUCUCUGUCCUCCUCACCUCUAAAGGACUUCGCCUCUCCUCCAUCUGAGGUGAUUCAAGCUCUCUAUUUCCAAACUCAUGAAUACAUAAUAACAGGGUGGUGCUCAAUGAAUGCCAAGGACUUGCCAAUAUGUAUUUGAAUAGUUCUAGCUAUAUACUGCAUAUUUAGACUCAUCUACAGUCAGGAUUUCAGAGCACUGUUAUGACAUAAAGGCUCUGCUUUUUUGCUGAUGGUGGGUUUGUACAGAAUAAAUUAAUACCAAUAGUAUUAAUUUACUCUUAUAUCUUAUGAAAUAAAUACCAAGAGUCUACACUCUGCAACACUGCCAAUUUAACCGUAGAGCACCAUGUUAUCAUUGUCAAUGCAAAGCCAUGGCAGAGAGAAGUCGCUUCUCACUGGAUAUAAGUUGGUCAAAGAUGUUGAGCUACAAUUAAAGGACCCAUGCACAGUUAUGUGGUGACAAAUCCGUACAUGCAGAUGCACACUUGCUAGUUAGGUUUUCCAUUGUUGUUUAUGAUUUAGUAGAAAACACUGUACAAGACUCUUGCCCUCUUUAUCUGA